AUGACAUCCAACGUUGCAUGCUUGGGAAAGGAUGGUUUUGCCUUGUCAAGACCUUUCCCUUAUAAGAAUUCGGGUGGAGACAUUUGUUGUGUUGUGUGUUGUCUACAGCAAGGAAGGCUCUUCUAUCAAGCACCUUGUCACUUUAAAAUUUUCAGAGAACGAGGAGCCAUCGUCAACGAAGAACGAGAAGAAUGGGUAACGAAGGUAUUCGGAUAUACCAAUUUGAAAGGUGGACGAAUGUGUGAUAAACACUACAGAGAGAUGCUCAAAAUGAAGAAUGGAAAAGGUAGUAGGAAGAAAAAGGAUGAAGACACCAACGGAGAGAAGCAUUCAGGCUCCUCUAGCAUGCUGACAAAUCAUGAUAAUCCAGACUCUUGUUCGUCAUCAUCGUCAUCAUCAGUGAGCACAUCUAAGGGUGGUCUCUUAUUUGAUUGUCUUGUCAAGCAACUGGAAGGACUCGUGGGAUGUGUAAACUCUAACGUCGACCUUAAUGAAACUUCACAAAAAGUAAAAAGGGAGGAAUAUGAAUCGGAUUGUAGUGACUCGUCUUCAGACAACGAUAACACAAGCGAAUCGGUGGAUGAGACAGAAGAUGACAACAGGGAAACUUGCAAAACCAAGUACGCAAAGAAGGUAAAGAGAGAAAAUGUUUAUCAAUAA